CACGUCCAAGAUGGCGGAUUAAUUUGAAAACAAACUAUUUUAUUUAUUCAUGAGAUUUUUGGUCUUAAAAUUAUUUAAAAUAUUAACCCCAUUGGAAAUUUUGAAAAAGUUGCUAACGACGUCAUUACUGCGAUCGAAAGGGAAGAAAAUGUCGUGCUGGUUUGACAGACAGGUGGAUUUUACUGUGGCUUAUUGUGAAUUCUUGGAGAUUUGUCGAGAAUUCUUUCGUAUCCCACGACUUUUUCUAGAACCGCUACAUCAACCUUGUAAAAUGGGACUUAUAAAAGAAAAAUUUUUAUUUAUCUCUCUCCUUGUCGUUGUUUUUAUGGUGAGUUGUUCUCACAAGGAGUGGAUACCGUGGGCUGAAGACAUGAAUGUUAUCAUCCCAACUGUGUGGUCGCUUACUCGUUAGAUACCAAAUGUUUGGCAAGUAUUGUCAAGCUGAUAACAUGAAUCUUUUCAAUAAUUAAUAAGCUUACUUAUUCAAGAUCAUUCCUGAGACUCAGAGGGACCAGAAGUCGAAAGAAGUUAUCGCAAAGUAAACAAAGUUUUGAAAGAGGAAAUGGAUUAUCUUUGACUCUUUGUAGAGAUAAGUUUAAAUUUCAUUAUGGCGGAAGAGGCUGAGAGAGUUUUGGCUGCUGCAAGAGACGGUGAUAUCUCUACGCUGCAAUCCCUAAAGAGAUCUGUACCGUUCGCUUUCGAUUCAUUCGGCGCCACAGCGCUACAUCAUGCCACAAGAUAUGGCAAACUAGAUUGCCUUAGGUGGAUGGUAGAAAAGACUGGAAUGAAAGCCAAACUAAAAGCAAAAAAUGGGGCUACGCCGCUACACGACGCUUGUACACAAGGAAAAUUACUGUGUGUGAAAUUCUUCAUCCAAGAAUGUAAUUUAAGCCCUGAUGUCACCGAUAACUCUGGGCAUGCACCUCUACACUUGGCAGCACGAUUCGGCUACUUAGAUAUCGUGAAAUGGCUGGUUGAAAAAGCUAAAUGUAAUCCCAGGCUAAAGACCCUGAAUAAGAUGUCUCCCGUGCAUUUUGCAGCAAUUGGUGGCCACUUGAAAUGCUUGGAAUUCCUGAUAUCAAAGUUAAAUCCAGUUGCUGUCAAUGAGAGAGCUACAGAUGGAACCACACCAGCUUACCUCGCAGCUCAAAAUGGCCAUUUCAGUUGCCUCAAAUACCUUCAUACUGUUGGUGCAAGAUGUGAAACAAAAAGUAGAGAUGGGAUGCACUUGAUACAUGCAGCAGCACAGAAUGGACACCUUGAUUGUCUGGGAUACUUGGUUGUGCAGGGUCUUGCUAAAGAAAUAGAACCAGACAUCACAGGCGCAACACCUGCCCAUUAUGCUGCUGGUGAAGGACAUGUGACAGUUCUAAAAUGGCUUCACAAGCGCAGCAAUCUCAACGUCAAAGACUCUCUUGGAGGAACACCUCUACAUGAUGCUUCAGAGAAGGGGCAAUACAAGGCUAUACAGUUCCUCGUUGAAGUAGCUCUUCUUGAUACAAAGUUAAAGGAUAACAGUGGAAUGAGCCCGAUAGAUCUAGCAGAUAAAUACGGACACAAACAGUGCUACGAGUACAUGAAGGAUGCUGCCUCCAAGAUUCUAAAAAUAAGAGCAGCGAAAAUGAGUAACUAUUCAAAAGAUUUUGACAAACAAAUAGUAGAGAAAGACACUGGCUCUUCAUUCUUGCACGUCUUAAAGAAAAAACCCAAACCAGCCGAACGACCCCCCUCCCCUAAGUCUGCAGUUGGACCCGAUGUGCCCCCUCUUGAGUGCUCACCUGAAGUCUCGCCUAGCUCGUCCCCAGUUCCUCCACUUCUACUGUACGGCAAGACGAAUGAGUGGAAUGACGUCAUCAUUGAUCAGGUAGAGGAGAAAGAGUCUAAGGAGAAGUCUGAAGUGGUGGUUACAUAUGAGAAAGAAGACAAGAACCUUCGCAGUCAUUUGAUGGAUAACGGUAACAUGUCUAGGUACUCGCCGUUACCGCCUGUUUUUUCCUUGACUCAAAAGACCAAUGAAGAUGAAUUUGUAUCGUCAGAUGUUGAUGCGUACAGCAAGAAUAAAGAAAAUGCACUUGAAUUUGAUGCUUUAUCACAAGAACAGCUGACAGAAGAAGUGCUCAACGCGGCUAAAAUGUGCACACGAAUGUUGAAUACCAAGCUACAGAAUGGAUGCAAUUGCCCGACACCUGUUCAUGACUUUGAUCACCGCUCUGGUGAAAUAGCAGCAAGACAUGUCGAGGAAUUCGCGUCCAAGAUUCAAGCCUCACGCUCUCGCGGAAAAUCUCCCGUCACCGUCUCGAAAACUCAACAAGACACAGUAAAUGAGAAUAUCAAGAAUGAGAAUAAAAAUAUGGACGAAAAUGAGAGUGAAUCUCCAGUGGAUGAAAUCACUGAUCCUGUCGAAGAGAAUAGCGUUGCUUUGGAUCAAGAUAGUGUUACUUCUAUGACUUCAUCACCAAGUCCUGCUAAUACCGUUCCCCUUAGAUGCGACUCUUUGAGGUCCGAGAGCCCUGAUGGUCCACCAAGAUCUCCUGAGUCUCUUGAAACUCCAGUCAAGAAAGAGAAGUCGUUUGAGUCGAGCUCUGAUGAACAGUCGCUAGACCAAUCCAUGAGUCCAAACCCAGACACUUGGCCUAGUCCGUCUCCACACUCAUCAGAGACUGAUCGGGAAUCUGUUUUGGAUGAAGAAAAUUAUGAUACCACAACAGAUGACGAGAAGUCGAAGAGUUUACCCAGAGAGAAGAGUGAAGUCAAGAAGGAUUUUGUACCUUUACGAAAACAACAACUCAUACCUUUGCCGCAUUUUGGUGAAGCUUCAAACUCAGCGUUAGAACCAGAAUCACUGCCGGAUGAUGAAACUUGGAGAAGCUUGCCAGAAUGGAAGCGUCAAGUUUUAAAAAAUCGCAUCAUGAAGGAACAGUCUGCAGAACUCGAGAAGAGAAAAAAAGAAGAAGAAGUGAGCAAUAAAUGGGAAGGAGUUCCUGCCUGGAAAAUACCCAUCAUGCAGCGCAGGGAACUUGACAGGAUAAGAGAAGAUGAGAAGAACUCAAGCAUGCCUGCCUGGAGGAAACAACUCGCACAAAAGAAACAAGAAAAAGUCAACAAGCAAGAUUAAAACCAAGAAGAAAACUACGUUCAAGUAAAUUCAAAAUACAAGCCUUUUUUCUUGGAAAUUUUUUUGUAGUAGUUUUGUUUAGUUCGCUUAGCUUCGUUAGUUAUUCUAGGAUAGAUUUCUUUCUUCUAGAGUUACACAUGAGAUAAUCACGACUUCAAAGCGGAUUAACCCAAGUCCACGCAUGCGCCCUACGAUAGUUGCUGUUGCUUGAGAUUGUUUGCAUAUUAAGCUAUGUACUCGAUUCAACUGAAAUAUUAUUACUAGCCAAUAGAAUUAAUUAUCAUUGAUACUAGUUCUGUUCAUCUUAGAGUGCACGCACUAA